UCUGUGGUCUGUCUGAUGAGUAUUGCGAGGAGUGCCUCUAAAGUUGCAAAAUUUCGUUUCUAAGUUGCUGGUGACGCAAAGCAGCACCGAAUCCAAAAUCAAAACCUCAAUAAAAACCAAAGUAACGAAGAAUCAACAAGACACAAAAUGUCGGAGACGCCAUCAGUCUGUCACAAGUGCAAUGAGGUCAUAGAAAAUCGCAUCAUUACGGCCCUGGGCAAGAACUGGCAUCCGGAGCACUUCGCAUGCAAGGACUGCCAGCGCCCCAUCAAGGAGGCCACCUUCAACAUACAGAGCGGGGAGCCGGUCUGCUCCGAGUGCUUUGUCAGCAACUAUUCGGGCACCUGCUUUGGCUGCAAGCUGCCCAUCUUGGAGCGCACCAUCAAGGCCAUGGACCAGUCGUGGCAUGAGGAAUGCUUCGUUUGUGCCGGUCCAUGCAAGAAGCCAUUGGUGGGCACCUCCUUCUACGAGCGCGACGGUAAACCCUAUUGUCGCAUCGACUUCGAACAAAUGUUUGCGGCCCGCUGCUUUGGCUGCACCAAGGUCAUCACGGAGAAUGCAAUUGUUGCGCUCAAUGGCAAGUGGCAUCGGGAAUGCUUCAAGUGCAAGAAGUGCCAGACGCCCAUAACGGAGAGCACGUUCGCCGUCGAGGAUCAGAAGCCACUGUGCGCUGCCUGUUCCGGUUAGGCGGCUAUAUCCUUACUCGGCAUACCCUUAUUCCCUUCCCUUACACCAACCCUUUGCACAAGCACACACAUACACACACACACACAGACACACACACACACACACACAGAUAGACACAUACAAGCACACAUCGAUGUAUAUUAAAGAUGUUUAUGGUAUUUGUAGUAUUCGCAAUUGUUGAACAAACUUAAAGCAUAUAACAAACUUUUAGAGUUUACACACAUGAAAUUCGAUUGUCAACUCAACGUUCAAGUUCAAGCUAACCAACGGGCAAAGAGUCCCACUACACUCUGUCUCUCUCCAUCUCUCUCUCACUCGUUCUCUCUCUCUCUCUGUCUCUCUCUGACCCCUGUUUACAUGCUCCAGCAAACCUCCUUCGUCUGCUCCUCCACAAUUUGCUGAAUUCGAAUGCAAAAUGAAAAUAUUUAUUUAUAAGAUGCAUUUUACAUGAAAAAUGCAUUUGAAAAAACACCUGCCAGAAGGAGGAGUGCGACCAAAUAUGUGGGUGUAGUUGAUGUAUAGUUGGGUGUGGGUGUAGUGAGUGUCGCUUUGUCCGCGUGAUUAACCGUAUAUAAGAUUAAACUAUAUAAUUGUUUUAAGUAUUUAAACUACACAAGAAAAAAAAAACACUCGCCUGUCUCACACUCUCGCUCUCCCUCCACCUCUCUCUCUCUCUCUCUCUCUCUCUACAGCUCUGUCUCUCUCAGCCUUACAAUGUAUACCAACCAUGUUAUCUCUUUCUAAAUUGUAUUGUGAUUCUCAAGCUCUACAAUAUAUUUUAUGUCAAAUAUAUAUGAAAAUUAAUCUUGAA